AAUGAAUAAGGUAAUUAGUUUUUAAAACAAAAUAUUUUCUGUUUUUAAAAGAGCUGAAUUGUUGUCAUGUUGUUUUGGUCAAACUUUUAGCACUGUUCAAUGUUUUUUCUCUCUUGAAACUGUAAACUCUGUUCUAGCCAUUUAGUCCACCACGGUUUCCAGCAUAACAUAUUUUGUACCGUUUCCAUGAAACUGAAGUCUUUGUUGGUGAUUUUGGUGGUGAUUUUCAAGUUGAGUUUUACUAUCUAGUUUAGAAGAGAAAGCUUUUUUUUUUAUUUUAGAGGCACUUGAAAGGGUACUUAAUGCUGUUAUUAUAGUAGCUUAAUUGAACUCAGGUUUUUUAGCGCUGUCCAUGGUGCUAAACGUUUGCCUUAGAAUCUUAUGUUUUAUCAUAGUCCCAGGCAGCGAUAAAAAAUACUUCAGUGGUCGGUGACAGGCGACAGGCUUCUGGAUAAGUAAGCUAUUUCAAACUGGUUGUUUCAUUCGCUGUUGGCUGCCUAGCGAUAUAUCCGUCUUAUCAUAUGGAGAGCUGCGUGAAAGCUCAAAGUUUAGUUGACUGUGGAGCAUUUCGUGUGACUAAACUUCGUACUGGAGCGGUUUCUGUUCAGGGGAAUCAUGUUUUAAAUUAUCUUUCUCCUUCAUACUAAAUGAAAACAUUGAGUGGUCCACAGGGUGUCAGUGUUACAGUAGGGGAUUGCUAAGGCUUCAGUCAAAAUAGUCUCUGCCCCUUCCAAAGUGUAUUUUUUUAGCGCGACCACAAAGAAUGCCAUAGUUUCGAUCUGUACCUUUCCUAAGCGACUGUGGUUUUCUGAUAUAUAAUCUCAGGACAGCUGGAGGUGUUUUAAGUGGAAGAUAUUUGUGGAUGCUAUUUCAAAUGAUUUUGCCAAAAGAGAAAGGACAAGGAGGAAGAAUGAUGUCUUGGUCGCGUCCUCUGCUUUUCUCUCUGCUGUUUUGCUGUGGUGAGCUGAUAUUAGCUCAAAUAAAAUACUCGACUCCGGAGGAAGUUAAAGUGGGAGCUAUUAUUGGAAAUGUUGCCAAGGAUUUGGGCCUUGAUGUCAGUACUUUGAUAAACAGGCGUUUUCGUAUUGUGUCUGGAGCUCAGGACGCGCUCUUUGAGGUAAACCCGAACAAUGGGAUUUUGUAUGUUCAUAAGAAUCUCGACCGAGAACAGCUGUGUGAUAGAAAUGGUGCUUGUUUAAUAGAUCUGAAAAUCGUUGUUGAAAAUCCACUUGAAAUCCAUUAUAUCACAGUGGAAAUAACAGAUGAUAACGACCAUGUACCGACGUUUGUCGAGAAUGAAAAGGUAAUAGAAAUAGCAGAAAAUACUUUACCAGGAGCACGAUUUCAAUUACCAGGCGCCCGUGAUCCCGAUGUUGGAAUAAAUUCCGUCCAGCGUUAUAAACUUAGUCAAAAUGAUAAUUUUCAUCUUGAAAUUCGAGAUAGGGGAGAGGAUAAAAUCCCUUUCUUAGUGUUGCAGAGGCCCUUGGACAGAGAGCAGAAAACAAACCAUAGCCUGAUUUUAACCGCUAUAGAUGGAGGGACACCGCUAAAAUCAGCACAUCUUAAUCUUACCAUAAAUGUUCUCGAUAUCAAUGAUAACAGACCUGCUUUUUCGAAAGAGGUUUAUUCUGUGAUAUUACAAGAAAAUGUUGCUUUAGAUACGGUCGUAAUAAAAGUCGAAGCAACUGAUCUCGACGAGGGAACUAAUGGGGAUGUUGAGUAUACCUUUGGGGGUGACAUUAAUUCGAAGGUGUUGGAGCUAUUUAGUCUAGACAGAAAUACAGGCGAAAUUCGAGUUAAUGGACAAAUAGACUAUGAGACAGCUGAUGUUUUCAAGUUAGACGUCCAAGCCUCUGACAGGGGUCAGCCUCCUACAACAACUGACUGCAGAGUUAUAAUAAAGAUCCAAGAUGUCAAUGACAAUAAACCAGAAAUAGAGGUGACAUCAAUAUCUAACAUGGUCCCAGAGGAUUCAAAACAUGGGACCGUGAUUUCUCUUAUUAGCGUUACAGACUUCGAUUCUGGCCUGAAUGGGAAGGUCAUAUGCAGCCUGACGGGGAAUAUACCAUUUGAAUUAAAACCGUCGUUUAAAGAAAACAUGUAUUCAUUAGUGACAAAAGAAACACUGGACAGGGAAACUGUGUCACAUUAUGACAUUUCAAUAACAGCUACCGACUAUGGUGAGCCUCCACUUUCCACACUCAAAACUUUGAGUAUUCAGGUGUCAGAUGUGAAUGAUAACAUGCCAGAGUUCGCACACAGUCCCCUGGAAUUAUAUUUGAAGGAAAACAAUGCUCCUGGCGCAUCAAUAUUUUCUGUGAGUACAUCUGAUAAAGACUUAAACGACAAUGCUGCAGUGUCCUAUCGCAUAAUUAGAGGGGAAGGCGGUCAUAAUGACAUGGCAUCUUUUCUGAAUAUAAAUUCUGAAAACGGAAAAAUAUCUGCGCUAAAAAGUUUUGACUUUGAAACUCUGAAAACGUUCCAGUUCCAAGUUGUUGCCACAGAUUCUGGAACUCCGUCACUAAGCAGCAACGUCACAGUGAACGUGUUCAUUCUGGAUCAGAACGACAACGCUCCAGUCAUCCUGUAUCCAGUCAGCUCUAACGGCUCUGCUGAAGGUGUGGAGGAGAUUCCCCGCAAUGUGAACGCAGGACACUUGGUGACUAAAGUCAGAGCCUAUGACGCUGAUAUAGGAUAUAACGGCUGGUUGCUGUUUUCACUGCAGGAAGUUACUGACCACAGUCUCUUUGGUUUGGACCGCUAUACAGGACAGAUCAGAACACUUCGCUCCUUCACAGAGACAGACGAGGCUGAGCAUAAACUGGUCAUACUGGUGAAAGACAAUUGGAACGUUUCACUCUCAGCAACAGCUACUGUGAUUGUCAAACUGGUUGAGCCCAAAGAGGCUUUUGCAGCUUCUGAUGUUAAAAGUUCGGCAAAAGAUGAGGGGAAUGAUGUGACUUUUUACCUGAUGAUAACUUUGGGCUCAGUUUCUGUGCUUUUCCUCAUCAGCAUCAUCGUGCUGAUUGCAAUGCAGUGCUCCAAAACCACAGACUAUACUUCUAAAUAUCUACAAGAGACUAAUUAUGACGGGACACUGUGUCACAGCAUCCAGUACAGAUCUGGAGACAAACGGUACAUGUUGGUUGGACCCAGAAUGAGUAUAGGAUCUACUAUAGUCCCUGGCAGCCAUGCAAAUACUCUAGUGCUCCCUGACAGGAGGAGCGCAUCUGGAGAGGUAAGAACUUAAAAGUUUUAUACAAAAUGUUGACAAGCAUACAGUUCUUUGU